AUGGCUCAGACCACUGAAGAUGAUAUAGAAGAUGUGCCAUGUUCAGGUCCAGAUUCACCGAUUCUGGCUGAAUAUCAUAUCACAGUUCCUUCUCUUCAUGAUGGACCAAUUCAAGGUACAGCCCGUCAUGAGCAACGACUUCUUGAUUUCCUGGAAGCCACUCCCUCGGUGCAGUGGCUAAAGAAGAUCAAUCUUGGUUCUCCAUUGAUAAAAUUUCGGCUGCCAUCCACUAGCAUCCAUGGCAGCCUUCAUGUUCAGUUCAUCAGAAAAAUCAACUGGAGUUCAAUUUUCACUGUAUGCAAGAAAUGGCUCAAACAUCCUAUGAACAUUGCUCUCCUCAUAUGGCUGCUCUGUGUUGGUGCCGCUGGUGGCAUGUUAGUCUUACUAAUGUUGGGACUGCUGAACGAUGCAUUCCCUUCCAAGCCGUUAAGAAACUAUUGGAUAGAGAUUGACAAUCAAAUACUUAACGCCCUCUUCACCCUCAUGAGCUUAUACGAGCACCCAAAUAUCAUCCACCAUACUGUUCUCCUCUGCCGGUGGCUGCCAGAGGACGCUGCUAAGCUCAGGAAAGUUUACUGCAAGAAUGGGAUGUGCCGUCCAAAUGAGCGAGCACACAUAUCCUUUGUGGUUGCCCUCCUCCACAUCACUUGCUUAUGCCAGUAUGCUGAUUGUGGCCUGUACUGGGGCUACCCGAGCAGAUCACGCUCUGAUUUUGCUGACAACUUCUUCUUCAUCCUAGGCAUCGCUGCACCAGUCUUUGCUGGAGUAUACACAGUGUACAGUCCUCUUGGCAGAGGCAAUGAUGCUCUGUCUGAUGAAGAAACCAAUGAAUCAGACAUGGUUCAAGUCGAGUCACCUGAAACAGGAACUGUGGUGAGCAAUCCUGCAUGGGCUGGCAGGCUGUUUGACUGCAGCGAGGACCCUACUGCAUGCUACCUCUCUUUCCUCUGCACGUUCUGUGUGUUUGGGUGGAACAUGGAGCGGCUUGGGUUUGGCAACAUGUAUGUGCACACAGUCAUUUUCCUGCUUCUGUGUGUUGCGCCAUUCUGGGUGUUCAAUAUCACAGCAAUGAAAAUCCACAACUACGUCCUUGGUGAUUUCAUUGGUGCUGCAGGGAUUGUGCUGUGUUUCUUUGGUCUGCUGUACGGUGGUUUCUGGAGGAUCCAGAUGAGGAAGACAUUUGGGCUGCCCAGAAGCAGGUGGUGCUUUGGAUCAGCAUCACUAACAGACUACACACAGUGGUUAUUCUGCUGGCACUGCGUGCUUGCACAGGAGGUGCGCACUGGGAACCUAUACGAUGUGAAGAACGGCGGCUUCUAUGAGAAACUUAUGAACGGUGAUGAUGUGGAGAAUGGGCCAGGAUCAGUGGUUACGGCUGAAUUGCCAGUCUCUAAUGGAGUAGCAGAGGGGAAUGGUAUCGAUGUCAAACUCGCGGUGGAUGGUGAAAUGACCCCACCCACCCAACCAGUAAUAGAAUGUGGGGAGAGGGAACGAAUUGAUUCAGAUGUUGUGGCAAAUGGUAGCAUCCAAGCUCAAAAGCUAACCCACAACCGAAGGAUGAUUUGA